CAGCGCGUAAAGUAAAUGCUGUAUUGUGCGCAGGAGUCGAACCGAUGGAGCGUUGGACCGUGCUUUGUGAGUGAGUAUAAAUGGAGGUUGACUGCCAGCUGGGCGUGCGAGGCAUGGGAUAUUUCACGUCCUAAGUGCGCUCUCGCCACUCCCUCGGUAUUAUUGUCAACGAAAUUCAAAAUGGCGGACACGAAGAAGGGUUCAAACUUCAUACAGCGGCUGUACGCACAGUACGGGUUCAGGAAAGAUCGAGUCGCCGGGCAAGGCCAAACCCUGGAAGAUGUGAACCAGAAUAUGGAGCAAAAGGAAAACGAGUUGAAAUUAGAUCUACAAAAGGAUGCGAAAGACUUAAAGAAACUAAAAACUUGUGUGAAAGCCGUCGGUAUCGCGUUCAGCGUUGUCACUGUUAUCACUGCACUCCUAGCGAUAUCCCUAAUCGCCGUAUCGACGAUGUCGGCCGUGGCGGCCAGCGCGAUGGACGCCCAGGACGACUCGGGGCGUCUGGUGGCGCUGGUGGUAUUGGCGGUCACCGCUGCCGUCACCAUUGCCAUAGUCGUUUAUGCGCAAAUCGCUACGUGUUCGAAGAAGAUUAGGCCGAUAUUUGUGGUAAGUGACGACACGGGGCGUCUGGUGGCGCUGGUGGUAUUGGCGGUCACCGCUGCGGUCACCAUUGCCAUAGUCGUUUAUGCGCAAAUUGCUACGUGUUCGAAGAAGAUUAGGCCGAUAUUUGUGGCGACUAUAGUGCUAUCAAUCCUGAUGGUGAUCCAGGGCAUCAUCGCCCAUGCAUCGGUCCGGGUGUCGCCAAAAGACGCAGAAAAUAUACAGCAGUCGCUGAGGGAUUCCUUCGACUUGGCGGCCAAGCAGCACAGUCCAAGGCAUGUCAAGAUGUGGGCUACGACACAGUCUACUUUCCAUUGCUGCGGGUUCCAGUCCCCCUACGACUACACCCAUAACGGGCUCCAAACGCCCGAUGUACCGAUCUCAUGCUGCCCAACCUAUGACUCAGAGCGCUCAGACUUGCUUCAAGAGAAGGAGCGGUUCAUGUGCAAGGACAGAAGAGAGUUCUUUGACGCAGGUAUUUUUAAUUCAUUAUCAAUCCUCGUAUGACUUACACCCACAACGGGCUGCAAACGCCCGAUGUACCGAUCUCAUGCUGGCCAACCUAUGACUCUGAGCGCUCAGACCUGCUUCAAGAGAAGGAGCGGUUCAUGUGCAAGGACAGAAGAGAGUUCUUUGACACAGGAUGCAGUGGCGAUGUGCUGAUGUUUAUAUCGGAGACCGCUCAAUGGGUGUUCCAUGUUUCUACUGCCCUGAUGAUUUUCGAGUUGCUUGCGAUUGGGUUUGGAGGGAUUCUUGUCAAGAAACGAAAAGAACUAGCUAAAGCGAAUGAGAAGGAAAAUUCAGAUGACAAGGAAGCUAAAUGAUUGCGAACUCGCCACUAAAUACUUUUUUCUGUGCCAACCCUGCCAAAUAGCAUGAAAAACUGGCCAAGAUCUCGGAUUACUUGAAAUUACUAACUUAAUUUAUUUUUUAUCGCAAACUUCACUGUAAAAAUCGCCUUAUUGUACGAGUUACAAAGUAAACUACAGUGAGACUUA